GCAUCAACAAGCUUAUUAGAGCGAGAGAAACACAGUAUCUAAAUGAGGUACCGCGCCUCGGUUGCGUUACGAUGCUAUAGUCUGCUGGAUUAGAUGUGCAGCAUAAAAAGUUCUAUGCUAGGGUGAAAUAUUGUGGUUAAAAUGAUUAUUGUUCUGGAAUUUAGCGUAGGACGCGUAGGAGCUCACUUGACAGCUGGAAUGUAACUGGGUUUCUUACGAGCUGGCUAACACAGCUAGCUGCCUAGAGGUCUGUGACUCUGAGAAUAAGAUGCAUUUCAUUUCGAGCACACAGCAGAUGCAUGCUUAGGCGUAUAUAGAAGUAUGCUAGGAUGUUCAAAAAUGUGUUCGGAUCAGGAUUCCUGGUGAGGACCGCUCAUGUCAUCUUGACAUGGGUUAUAACGUUGAUUCUCUUCCUCCACGACACCGACCUCCGCAGACAGGAGGAGACGGGGGAGCUCACACUGCCGGUUCUCUUUGUGCUGCUGGUCCUGGUGUCUGUGUUGCUGUACUUUGCAGUUUCUCUUAUGGAUCCUGGAUUUGUCCUGUCUGAUGACUGUGACUUGCAGGUUAAAACACGGAUCCCCCCACCCUCUCAUUAUAUAUAUAUAUUACAGGACGUACAUACACUUGUGUCGGCCUAUGUUGAGGGGCGUGUCCACAAGUGUGGCACGGGUAUUCAGACCCCCUUCAAGCUUGUUGUCUUACUGUGGGGACUGUACAUGGCCUGGUCCGGCUUCAGUCACGCUCCCACCUGGCAGCUGUGGUUGAGGACCAACGGUGUGCUUCUGGGAGCAGCGGCGGCAGUGGCUGUCCUGUCCCUGACCGUGCUUCUCCUCCUGGGGUCUCACCUGUACCUGGUGUCCCUGAAUACCACCACAUGGGAGUUCAUGUCUCGACACAGAAUCUCUUACCUCAAGCACUGCGGUGCGGACGAAAACCCUUUUGACCGCGGAACCCUGCGCAAUCUCUGGAGCUUCUUCUGCAUUUGGGAACCGGUGGUUUGGGAGCAUGUAUAUUUCAAGCAAGGCAAUGAUACGAUUUAAUUUCCUUGGAGUCACGACUGCUGUGACAAAAAACCCAUUAGAUGGAAAUCGAUGUUUUGGUGGAAAUCGCUCCAAACUGCAUCUGCAGAACAUCUAAUCUACUUCUCCCAUUCCAUUUUGAAAGUGAUUCUUAAAUGCAUGAACUUUGUAGUUGCAAUGAUGUUUGAUCAAGCGUAAUCAAAUAGGUUGGAAUGAGCAUUUUUAUUAAAGUGUUUUGUGAAUAUUUUGCCCACAUAGAACUUUGACAAUUCGUCUGUGCUGAUUUUGCACAUUUUAAUAGCAAACGCAGAACAAAAAGCACAAAAUCAAAAUAGCGUUUUUCAGAGCUGAUUUGUGGUUUCCCAUUAAUGCAAUACAUAGAGAUAUCAAAAUGGUAUAUGCUAAUUAUUUAUUAACUUGGCUCUGCUCCUCUAAUCUCUUUCAUGGUACUAAAAAGCUGUUGGACAAAAGUAAUUGAGCUAGACAGUCUGUCAGCUUAUUGUAUAGCAGCAGCAGCAGAUGAUGAUGUACUGUUACAUCAGCAAUCAUUUUGUGCAAUUAUUGUGAAAUAGUUGUAUAUACUUAUUUUGUGUUUUUUUUUUUUUUUUAGAAAAUAGACAUCCCCUUUUAAGAACCAUUUCAAACAAGGUAACGAGAAGUUCAUGUUUAUAAUGCAAAUAAUUUCCUAUAGCACUUUAUAUAUCAUUGGUGAAAUUUCCAUAUGCUUGUAAUGUGACUUUAUAAUAUUGGAAUAAAUGUUCUGGUUUAUCUAGACAUAACAAUCGAUACAUAAGAAAUUAACAUUGAAAGACUGAAUUUAGAAUACAAACAUAAUCAAUACUGUAAUGUUCAACAUUACACACAUUGUUUUUUGGUGAAAAACUAUAUAUUUUUCUAUAAAAAGGGCCUUUCCUAUUACACAUCAGCAUCUUAAAGAGAGAAAGAUGUAAGUGCAUGUGACACUCCUUUGACUGUUAGAUCUCGGUCCAUUUCGGACUGCCAGAAAAGUAAUGUUUUGUUGAUGAAUGCAGUACAAUGAAGUCCACAUAGUGUGACUUUUACCAAACAUUAGAAUUUUUUCUGAAUAAUAUAAUCAUAAAAAGCAAUAAUUGUUUUUGCUUUUACUUCAUUUCAGUUUCUUUAAAUUGUUUGCACUUGAGUGUUUUUAACGUAUCAAUAU